UCGGAUUCCUGUAAUCGCGGCUCUGUUCCAGGAUAUUAACGGAAUUCGCCUUAAUGGUAUUCUCUUGGACAGACUUAUGAGCAGCGUUGCGAAGGGAAGCUGGCUAUGGCGAUUAGGGUUUGAGGUUGAGGAAGGGCUAGAUAUGAUGCUGCGAUAGCGGGCAUAACAUUUGUGACUGGUCUCCUUCAGGAGGAGUUCCUUUGAAAGGAUUGGUGGUGUUGUGAAAUUUAGAAGCGCCGAGGGACGUGGUGAGCGAUGGCUGGACCAGCAGGGGCAGGGGGUGGAAGCGGGCAGAAGCGGGGACGACCUGCUACAGUGAACGCUGGAAAUAACGCCAAUGUCUCUGGGCAUUUGGAAAAUGCGAGUGGCGGAACGGCACAUCAGCCCUCGCCUGGUCUUAACCUCGGUCCGUCCCUUCAAGUGGUCUACAAUUUCGCCGACCAGCACACGAAGAGGAUCGUGAUGGCGCUGCAAAGCGGGUUGAAGGGGGAGCUUGCGUGGGCGAUCAACGCGCUGACGCUGUUGAGUUUUAAGGAGAAGGAUGACUCUCGCAAGGACGCGACUCCACUGGCCAAAGUGCCGGGGUUGCUGGAUUCGCUGUUGCAGGUGAUUAGCGAGUGGCGGGAUAUCGCGCACGAGCGGGUGUUUGCGAAGCUGUCGAGGCCGAGGCUAUUGGGAGCCGAUCAGCCAUACACGGGAUUUGGUCUUGAGUAUGAGAUAUACAGCCCCGAUGAUGCAAUGCUCCACAUUAGGGCGGCAGCAGAGAAGAAUGUGCAAGGGGGCGAUGGGUGUGACGCAGUGGAGACGAAGGAGGGAUGGUGCUGGGAUGAGGAAGGCAUUUUCAAUCUCGACGAAAUUGGUCGUCAUGAGAAACAAAUCUGUGCUGUGGCGGUUUCCAAUGUUUUGCGCAACUUUUCGUUUAUGCCUGAGAAUGAAGCGUCCAUGGCUCAGCACCGAGGAUGCUUAGAAACUUUGAUUACAGUGUUGGAAGCUCAUGAAACUGAGGACGAGGAGCUGGUUACAAACUCGAUAGAGACUCUUUUGAACUUAGCGACAUUUUUAUGUUUCAAGAUUUUUACUAACAAUGGGAAUAACAAAGCGAGUAACACAGGAAGCUCGAUGUCGGAAAAGAGAAUGAUUGAUGCUAUUAUGAUGAUGCUGUCUUGUCCUGUAAUUUCCUGGCACUGUUGUGCAGCAGAGCUUCUAGGACGGCUUGUUGUAAAUCCUGACAAUGAGCCCUUUCUUAUGCCUUUUGUUUCCCAGAUCUUUCCACGAUUGGUGGAGCUCUUAAGUACUGAAGCAUCCGGCGAUGCACUCGCUGCUGCUGUGGCAGCACUGCACAAUUUUUCGGAGAUCAACACUGAAUGUCGGCUGGGCCUUGCUAGCGAGCGCUGGGCCGUUGCAAGGUUGCUGAGAGUGGUAGGUUCAGGAAACCAUUACCCGCAGGAAGUUUGUCGAAAGGCAGCUCUUACGCUUGAGAACUUGGCCUCGGAGCCUCAGAAUAGAGCUGUAAUGCUCUCCUACGAGAGUUCCAUAGCUGAGUUGGCUGUUGUGGACCAGCGAAUGUCGGAUGUUUUCGCCCGCAUUCUUUGGGAGCUCAGUUCAGGCAUCAGCUCCAAGAUGGGAUCCCUUCGAGGUGUGUGGGGCUCAUCGUGAUUUGAAUAAUGUUUAUACUUGCUGCGUUCAAACGCUGAGGAUAUUGUACAGAGACGCUCUUUGAAGGAUCCCACAGCUUCCCGGAGGAGCACAUGUUGAUUGCAUAUUCGAAAAGUACAUCGAGUUGUGUGAAAACCAUUCGGUGCGGCAAUUUAAAUUCUUCAUUACCAUCAGCUUGUCCGCUACAAGGCAUCACUGACUUCGGACGUUGUGGCAUUAAAGUCUUACAAGAAGCCAGGUCUCGUUUGUCAAGUGAAUCAAAUUCUGAAUCGGCUGGGACGGACUACUCCGUGUUACAUUAUUAUCGUAGGUUCAUACCUUAGACUGGUCUCAAGUUUGGAGACCUGUCAGUUGGGGGAUAUGUUGUCCAGCUGCUACACCAUCGACGUGUGGAUCAUACUCAGUGUUCGACACAUCUUUCUUGAUGCUGAGAGUGUAGUUAUUGCUGCAUUGCGAAGAUAGCAAACCAGAAAUCCGAGCUCUUUCGGCCAAUAGAUUUUGAGGACACCAGCGAAAUCUAUUUUUAUGAUUUUCCACGGAGAGUUUCAGGAGAAGUUUCAGUGGACGAUUUGUGUCAUUUGCAAUAUUUUGGGAUAUUAUGUCACGGAUGAGGUUGAGCUGGCGACUCUGGCUCCGCAAGAUGCAUGCCUCUGAUUGAUUUGUACCUGAUAAGUCAAGUUCUAAUGCUUUAAAAUUGUAGACCCAUCCGACAAGUGAGAUUUUGCAGCAGAAUCGUUUCAGCAUGCUCGACAGACAAAUGUAAUUCUGACCUAUAUCCGGAGUUUGUUAUUCCUCUG